AUGAAUGGUGUUUGUAAAGCAGAUGAUGAGAUUGUCGUCGUCAUGGACGCCAUCGUCGACAUCGUUGUUGUUGUCUCAUUACGACAUCUCUGCCUGUUGAUUCUCAAAAACGAGUUCCGUGACGAAGACGACACCGACAACGACGAGCUUCUAGUCGUUUCGAAACUGAACAGGUCAUUAAUCUGUUCAGUUGAUGGCACUUAA